UAUGAAAACAGUAGUUUCUGACUUGAUCCCAAUAGAAUAACUUGUAGAAUUAAACAGAUAAAAUAAAAUAUUAAACGUAUAUUUUUAAAAAGUGUAAUUUAAUAAUAUAAAAACGCUUGAAGGCAAUUUUAGAAUGGUUGGCAAAGAUAUUGAUCCUUCGGAAAUUGGGAAACAUCCAAGUAUUAUAAAAGCUGCACAACGAGAAAUGACCCAAUCAGAUGUGCUAGUUUGUGGGAAAUGCCAUUCAGUUUUCCACUUUAUUGACCUUUUUAUUGAGCACAAAGAAAAUGAUGAAAAUUGUUCGAAAGAAUCCAACUUGAAAGAUUGCAGAGAAACAAAACCAAAAGUAUGGGCAUUUUUACUAUGGAAAUCUGCACAGUUAAGUAACACCAAAAAUCAAAAUGAUUCAAGUCAUAUGAAUUCGUGGCAAUUAUAUCAAACAUGGGUUAAAAUGGAAGAAUCAGUUAGAGAAACUUGGGUUGUAGCUGGUAAAACAAUACAAUCUUUCAAUAGAGUAGGUCAAGGAACCCUACAAGAAAUGCCUGUAAAAAUUACAAAAACUGUUAUUGAUACAGCACCCACAAAUAAAUCAUUAGCAACUGCGGGAAAUCGCUUUAAUCCUGUUGCUAAUCGUGUGAUUAAAAAAGAGGAUGGGAUUGUAAAACGAGACGAUGUAACAACAGAUGAAGAAUUUUCACCAACGGAUAGGCAAAGAAUUAUAAAAAAUCAAACAAAUACAAAUUUAGUUCAAAAAACUAGCCCAGUUGUAAUUAAACCAAAUCAAACAUCGCGUAGAGCAAAAAGGACAAUCCCUAAUUCAUCAAGCACAGAAUUUGAAACUGUUGAAAAAAUUGUAGCAAAAAGAUUUAACCCACGCAGAAAAAUGCAUGAGUACUUAGUAAAAUGGGAAGGCUAUCCUCAUGAUCAAAAUAGUUGGGAACCACAAUCACACUUAGAUACUUGUCCCCAGCUUCUAGAGACAUUUGAAAAGCAAUUGGCUAGACAAAAAGAGCAAAGAGCAGCACAAGAACGUGCACGAUUGCAACAACAACAAGCAAAUAGUAUAAAUAGUGCCGCUACUUCAACACCGAUACCCAAUGCUAAAAAAAUUACGGAAAACUCGAUCGAUAAACCACUUUCAACUGUGACAGCAACUUCAAAUGCUAGUCCGUUGUCCCCACAAGCCCGUUUAAAUCGAGCGACGUUGAAGGUGAAAAGUGAUGACGACAAACAAUUGGAUUCACAUGAAGUGUCAGCUGAUCAUACUGGAAGUAUUCCAAGUAUUAAAAGAAAACUUGACGACAGCGAUUUCAAUGCAAAUACAACCGGUGAAGAGGAUUUCGAGGAAGAUGCAAUUCCAGUUCAUGCUGUAAAACGCCUGAAAAAUGGUACAACAAUUACAACUUCAACUGGAAAACCUGAAAAUAAGCUGUCCCCACAAAUAUCUAAAACUGUCAAUGGAGCCGUUAAAUCCCCCACAAGCACCGACAAUUCUGCUGAUGUUGUUAUAAUUAAGGAAUCAAAUUCUGGAAUUGUUCGUAAGGUUACUCCCAAUUCAACUAAUAGCUCCCCGUCUCAAAAAGGCGAGGCUUCUGUUCGAAUUUUAUCUCGUGGGGAAACUGCUUCUAGUGGAAUUAUUCGUUUAUCUGGCAGUACACCUAAUUUGACAGCAGUUGGAACCAAUUCAACUACGAACACUUCUAAUAUUAGGAAUCCCGUACAACAAAGAUUAAUCCAAAAAAGUAAUAGUGUUGCAAAUAUUAAUCAAACAACACGAACCGGCUCACCACAAAUUAACCGACCAACCUUGGUAGGCCAACGAAGCACGGCGCAAACCGUUAGGCCCGUAACAACUCCACAACGGCCCCAAAUUCUUAGAUCAACAACAACAAGCACACCGCGUCAAUUACAAAGUCAAGCUAAAACUACGACUAUUUAUAGGCCAUCAUUAUCACCUGGGAAUGCAAUCUCAAACACACCUCAAUCUGGACGUAUGGUUAUUAACAGAAGUGUUCGGCAAACACAAGUUAACAAACCCGUUACACCUGAAGAAAAAAUUUUACAAUUAUCUAAAUCUGGUGACUUGAAAAUAACAAGAAAAACUAUACCAACGUCACAGGAUCAUCAAAUGAAAGCACCUUUAGGCCAAAAUCGUAUGAUCCAAAACAGAAGUAGCCAUUUAUCACAACAGAGGACUCAAAUGAUUUCAUCAAAGCCAGGCUUACAAACUCUGCCUACAAAACUAUCUAUUGCUGCCAAAAGCCCCUCACCUUCACCGCCAGGUGGGGGCCUAACGUUAUGCCCUAUUACUGGUAAAAUAUUAACCGAAUCUGGUGAAGAAGUCCCUCCACCCACACCAACGCCAGAAAAAAAGGAUGAAUCGGGAGUUGUCACUACUCAAAUGCAAUUUGCAAAUGAACAAGAAGCGCUAGCAGCUGAAGGAACUACAAUAACUUUAGGAGAAGGUCAACAAAUUCUUACUAAUGAAGAUGGUACACCAUUAUUAGUUAGUGGCGAGGAUGGAACUAUUUAUCAAGUUGCUGGCAAAAAUGCUGAAGGUCAAACUAUUUUAAUAGCUCAGGGAGCGGACGGUGAGCAACAGUUUGCUUAUGUUGCUGCAGAAGACAAUGAUGGAGAGAAUGGUGCAGCUACGGGGGUAUUAACCUUAGAUAAUGCUGUUGCUGAGGCCGUUGCCAACAUGUUACCUGAACAACAAAAUGAAAGUUUAUCAAAUGCAACAGCUGGAAACACUAAUGAAACUCAAUAUGUUAUUAAACAAGAAGACGGAACUGUUGUAACGGCAACAGCAGCACAAGUAGCCGAGUCUGAAGCUGCUGCGAAUGCAGCUGCGGUAGCAGCUGCAAGUGGAGGUCAACUUACAAUUGAUACUAAUCAAGCAUUGACGAUUCAAACUGGAGCUGGUGAUAGCGAUUCCCAAGAUGCAAAUAUUCCUGCUGAAGUAGUUCAAGCAGACUUACCUUCACCAGGCGGAACUCGAAGAGUAAUUUUGCUUUUGCAAGACGGCACAUUUAUGAUGACAGAAAUGCAUGAUGACGAAUAUCAAGCUCUGAACAUUACAUAAUUAAACUAGAGCUUAACCUUUGAACUUUAACAAUUUUAAAUGGGAAAUCCGGACAGAAAUAUGCCCUGAAUUAUGAAGAAUAUUUCAGAGUAAUAGUUGAAGAAAUAUUUUUAAAUAGAUAUAUACAUUUAUAUAUUAAGUAUUUUAAAUUGAGUAAGACUUUAAUUUGAUGUUUUUUUUUUUCUCUCGAAAGUGUAAUUAUAAAAAGUAGUAGAGAAGUA